UGAAAGCGGUUGUUAGAAAUGCGAGAAAGAUAUCACAACUGAAACGGAAAAACUUGAAUUAAAAAUUUGUAAACAAAAAUGGCGAAAUCAAAAUCUGAAGUCGAAAUUGAGUGGAUUAAGAGUACAUUAUUUCCAGAGAUAAUAAAAAAUAAGCAUUUUAGAGAAGAUAACUCGCUUAGCGGUAAUAUAAAUGACCACGUCAAAUUAAACGAUGUGCAGGUACGAUUUAUUGGCAGUGAAGAGGCCUUCAUGUUAACCACUUGUUAUCGUGCGGUUAUCACUUUGGAGGAAGGCGAUAGUGGGCCUAAAACUACCACAAUUAUUGUUAAGAAAACUCCGAAUUUGCCGCAAGAAAUGUACGAUGCCGUGCAAUUCGCAGCGCUCUUCACCAAUGAAAUUUUAACCUACAACUUAAUUUUGCCCGCCAUCGAGAAGUUUGCACAGCAGUCCUUGAAUAUUCCGCGAUUUUAUUUUGGCGAGCUGCAGAAGUGUUCUGCAAUUGUUUCGCUGGAAGACUUCGGCACUAGGAGCUGGCGUCUAGCUAACCAGAAAACAAAUCUUUCGUUGGCUCACGCGCUUGCGGCAGUACGUAAUCUGGGCAUAUUUCAUGGCACCGGCUUUGCUUGGCGGCACAAACACCGCGAUGAGUUCGAUCGCUUAACUAAGGGUCUUAAAGAGUCACGUUAUGAAGUGGUGGACAUGCAUCCUAUAUGGGCGUUAAAAGUCAAAUACGGCGGAGAGCGCAGUAUAAAUGUAACAAGAAAAUAUCAGCCACAAAUCGACGACAAAUUCUUGGACCGUUAUCACAAACUCAUCGGAAAUUUUCUAGGAUUUGGCCGUAAGAUGAUGGCCCCGGUAGAACCACUAGUGACCCUGUGCCAUGGCGACUAUCUGCGCAACAACAUAGCUUUUAAAUAUGCGGACUCUAAAGGCACUGAGGAACCGAUAGAUUCCCUGAUGUUCGAUAUGCAAACGAUGCGGGUUUGCUCGCCGAUGCUGGACUUUGCCACAUUCUUAUGUUUGUCUACUUAUACGUCUGUACGUGAAAAAUGCUUUGAUGAAAUAUUCGACACGUAUUAUGAUCAAUUAACAACUGCGUUUAAGAAGAACACUCAGGCGGCACAAGUGCCUGAGUUUUUGAGCCGCGACUGCCUGUUGAGGGAAUACUGGCGAUACUUACCGUACACCAUUAACAUCGCCUCAUAUUUCCUUAUGGAACUGGUGGAACCAGAAGACUUCACAUCGGAAGAUUUCAUAGCGCAGGCGAUGACACCAGAAGAAGUACGAGAGAAUACAAUGAAGCGCGGCGGUGAGGAAGUUGAUCGGGAGUUGUCACACCAAAUAAGGGAACUUUACGAGCUAGUGCAGGCGCAUAAUCUCGAUAUAUUUGAGGGUUUUGAUUAUGUGUGAAAUAUGUACAAAUGUAUGUAAAUAUAUGUAUGUAAAUAAAUCUAGUAGACACGUUGUUGGUCUAAAUUUUAACAAAAGAAA